UGAGGUCUUAGAUAUGGCUGCACUGCUAUGCGUUUGACGUAGGAUGGAUGGAGAGGGAGGUCACUGGAGUGAAGGACUUUGAGGAAUUGUGUUGUCAGAUUGUGAGAGAUGUCAAAAUGUAUAUUGAAAUCCCCAAGGAUAAUGGCUAGGGAUGGGGUGGAGAGAACUUAUGGCAGGUACUAAAGUAAUUAUAAAAAUUUGGAGAAUUACCUAGAGGUCAGGAAAUAACCCUACAUGGAUGAACCUGAAAAGAGGAAAGGUCCUGUGCAAUAUUUAGGAUCCAAAAGAAAUAAAAAGACUUGAAUAUAGCUGCUGACCAUCCAGAAAGAGAAGACUGGGAGAUCCCAAAUGCAGUGCCUUUUGGUGGUGGUAUCUUUGACCUUCCUUCUUGGGAUAAAACAUUGCUCUCCUCGAUCCCGUAGAGAUGUGAACCUGGAAGCAAAGAUGAACAUCAGUGAAAUAAUAACAUAUUGGGGAUAUCCCAGUGAAGACUAUGAGGUUAUGACUGAAGAUGGUUAUAUCCUCCUGAUUUAUAGGAUUCCUUAUGGAAAAAAUCAUACAAACAAUUCAGAUCCGAAGCCUGUCGUAUUCUUACAACACGGCUUGCUUACAACAGCCAGCAGCUGGAUUUCAAAUCUACCAAACAACAGUUUAGGCUUCCUUCUAGCAGAUGCAGGAUGUGAUGUGUGGAUGGGGAACAGCCGAGGAAACACAUGGUCCAGGAGACACUCAUUCUUACCAACAGAUUCAGACAAGUAUUGGGCUUUCAGCUUUGAUGAAAUGGCAACAUAUGAUCUUCCAGCCACAAUUGACUUCAUUGGGAAGAAAACUGGACAAGAGAAACUGUAUUAUAUAGGCCAUUCCCAAGGCACUACUAUCGCCUUCAUAGCAUUUUCCACCUUGCCAAGGCUGGCUCAAAGAAUCAAAAUCUUCUUUGCAUUAGCUCCAGUUAUCACCAUUCGGAACACAACGAGUCCUUUGAUUAAAAUGGCAUAUGCUUUAAGGUCAUUGCUUUUGGUCAUUUCUGGCAAACGAGAAUUUUUGCGAAAUUCCUUUUUUAACCAAUUCAUUGGCACCAAGAUUUGCAGUGUACCUCGUUUGGACAUCAUUUGCCGUAGCUUUUUGUUUCUGCUAUGUGGAUUUGAUAUCAAAAAUUUAAAUAUUAGUCGCUUAGAUGUGUAUUUAUCACAAAACCCUGCCGGGACUUCGGUUCAGAACAUGCUACAUUGGCUUCAGGCUUACUCCACAGGGGAUUUCAAGGCUUUUGACUGGGGCAAUCGGGACUUGAACAUGAUGCACUUUGACCAGAGUACUCCUCCAGCAUACAAUGUGUCAGAAAUGCAUGUGUCCACCGCAGUCUGGAGUGGUACGAAGGACUUGUUGGCAGACCCAAAUGAUAUCAAAGAAUUACUGCCUAAAAUCACAAACCUGAUUUAUCACAAGAUAAUUCCAUCCUACAAUCACUUGGAUUUCAUUUGGGCAAUGAAUGUAACUUGGGAAAUUUUCUAUGAAAUCAUUAUUAUGAUAAAAAAAACAGUGUAAGGUGCUCUGACAGGGCUCCCUAAAAUCCAGGAUCUAUCGCAAUCCUAUUAAAAUAUCAUUUGUUUUCUUAGACCAAAGGAUCUUCGACCUUCCUCCCCCACUUCGGUCAUAUAUUAGAUUGAGAUGGCCCAGUUCCUUAUUUUUUGGCCCGUCACUAUAGAUGAAUAGAGCUCCUUUGGUAAGCUUUUCCGUAAGCUCUCUGCAGAGCUUUGUUUUUGGAUUCCCAGUCUUAUAGCACUUCCUACCCAAAGAGUGAAUCCUAAAAUAAAUUAAUCUUCCUAAGGUAGACAGUGAACUUGUUUCCCUGUUGUGCACGCUUUGUUGAUUCAUCUCAGUAGACCUGAGAUAAUCUCCAAAUGUGUGUGUGGGUGGCAGGGAAUUCAAGAUUUGUUUUGUCAUGAAAUUCUAAGAGGAGAAGGAAGAUAGACAGUUGGCUUAAGUCAGUCUCCACCAUGUUUUUUUACAGCGAGUCCUUUUUAUUUCCCCCAAUGUCUGGCCAAAAGGGCAGUUCUAAACUGGAAUCUCCUGAGUUUGGGAGUUUAGAGCUGAGUCUAAGAGGAAUCAAUGGGAACUACACUGAGCAUAUUUCAAGUUCUUCUCUUGGUUCGGGAUGCCUGGUGUGGUCCAUCCCCAUCGAAGUCGAGCCAACAAGCAUUGAAUAAGCACUUACUAUACUCUCACCUCAGUCUUACUUUCUACAAGAAGCCUUCCCUGACCCCCCUGAUGCUAGUGUACAUUCUAUGUGAGAUUCAUACUAAUUCACCCUAUCUGUACCUUGUUUGUAUGCAGUGUUUGAUGUCAUCUUCUCCAGUAGAUUGGGAGUUUCUGGAGGGCAGAAACUGUCUUUUGCCUUUCUUGGAACCCUCUCUAGGGCUUAGUACAAUGGAAUUGUUGUUCAGUUGUUCAGUCAUCUCUGACUCUUUGAGAGCCCAUGGACCACAGAAUGCCAGGCCUCUACCCUCCAGUGUCUCUCAAAAUCUGUCCAAGUUCAUGUUUGUUGUAUCCAUGGUACUCUCUAUCCAGCUCAUUCUCUGUCGUUACCUGCGAUCUUUCCCAAGAUCGGGGUCCUUGGCAAUGAGUCCUGUCUUCUCAUUAUAUGGCCAAAAUAUUAAAGCUUCACCUUUGGUAUUUGAAUAGUCUGAAUUAAUGUCUUUCAGGACUGGCUGAUUUGAUCUCCUUGUUCUUCGAGGGGAAUCUUGAGUUUUCUCCAGCACCAGAAUCCAAAAGCAUCAGUUCUGUGUCCAUCAGCUUUCCUUAGAGUCCAGCUCUCACACCCAUAUAUAGCUACUGGAAACAUUCUACCUUGGACUAUACACACCUUUGUUGACAAGGUCACAUCUCUGCUUGUUAGUAUGUGGUCCAAAUUUGCCAUUGCUUUACUUCUGUGGAUUGAGAGUCUUUUCAUUUCAUGGCUGCCAUUACCACCUAGAGUGAUCUUCGAGUUUAAGAAUAUAAAAUCUCACAUGGCUUCCAUUUCUUCUCCUUCUAGCUGCCAGGAAGUGAUGGGACGAGUUGCCAAGAUUUUAGUUUUUUGAUGUUAAGCUUCAAACUAGCUUUUGCACCCCACUCUUUCACCUUCAUUAAGAGGCUUCUUUAAUUCUUCACUUUUUGCCAUUAGAGGGGUAGUGUCUGCAUUUCUGAGACCUUUGAGAUUCCUCCAGGCAACUUUAAUUCUGGCUUUUGAUUUGUCCAGGGUGGAAUUUCUGAUGAUGUCAUCUGCAUAUAAAUUAAAUAAAAUGACAAUAGACAGCCUUGUCAUUCUCUCUUUCUAUUCUUAAACCAACCCAUCCUUCUGUAUUCAGUUCCUAUUGUUGCUUCUUGCCCUCAUAUAGGUUUUUCAGGGAUAAGUAGGAUGAUUUGGUUCUUCCAUUUUUGAGGACUUGCUCCAUUUUGUGGGGAUUCAAACAGUCAAAGGCCUUAAUGUAGUCCAUGAAGCAGAAGUAGAUUUCUUUUCUUUCUUUCUUUUUUUUUUUUUGGAACUCUUGUGCUUCUUCCCUGUUCCAGCAAAUGUUGGCAAUUUGGUUUCUAGUUCCUCUGUCUUUUUGAAAACCAGCCUGUUCUUCUGGUAAUUCUUGUUUCCUUAUUGUUGAAGCCCAGCUUGCAGAAUCUGAAGCAUAGCCUUGGUGGUAUGUGAAAUGAGUGCAAGUGUAUGGGCGUUUGAACAUUCUUUGUUGUUGCCCUUCUUUAGGACUUUGCCAUAAACCGAUCUUUUCUAAUCUAGUGGCUACUGUUGAGUUUUCCAAAUUUGUUGGUAUUGAGUGCAGCACUUUAAUAGCAUCAUCUUUUAGUCCAGCUAAAAUUCAGCUGGAAUUCUGUCACUUCCAUUGGCUAUAUGUUAGCAAUGUUUCCUAAGAUCCACUUGACUUCUUUCUCCAGGAUGUCUGGCCCUAGAUCAGUAACCAAACCCUCCUGGUUAUCAGUGAUGUUAAGAACUUUCUUGUAUGGUUCUUCAGUGUCUUCUUGCUAUUUCUUUUUAAUUUCUCCUACUUGUCUUAAGUCUACGAUUUUUGACUUUUAUCAUGCCCUUUUUUUUUGCAUGAAAUACUCCCUUGAUAGCCAGUUUUCUUGAAAUGAUCUCUUGUCUUUCCUAAUCUAUUACUUUCUUAUAUUUCUUUGCAUUGCACAUUGAAGACACCCUGACAUUUCAUUGUUAUUCUCUGGAAUUCUGCAUAUAUUUGGUUAUAUCUUUCCCUUUCCUUCUUUCUUUAGCUAUUUGUAAAGCCUCAUCAGAUAGCCAUUUUCCUUUCUUUCUCAUAGUAGGUGUUUGAUAAAUGCUUGUUGACUUCCCUCAACUUCCAGACUAGGGGGGCAAACACCAAGAAUACAAUGACAAAAUAGUAACAGUUCUCUGCUUUUAAACAGCUUGCAUUGCAUUGGAUGGAGACAACAUAUAGCCAAAUAAGAAUCUAUUCACUUAUCUGAAGAGUGGCUAAGAGUAUGGAUAAUGAAGAAGGUCAAGAAAGCCUCCCUUUGGAAGUGGAGUAUGAGUCAAGCUGUAAGGAAAUGAAGAAUUGUGAGACAUAAGGCUGGGCAAAGAAUGAGGGCAUCCCAGGCAGAGGUGACAGACAAAUGGGAUGCUAUAUGUAGGGAAGAGUAAGUCUACCAGUUUGGCUUGAAUGGAGAAUGAAGAAAUGGAAGUCAUGAGUUGGUACCAAAUGGGAUAAGGUCAUUGCAUUUUGUUCUAAAGGUAAUAGGGAAUAUUGGACAGAGGAGGGGAUGGUCUGGUCGGAUUUGCAUAUGGAAGAUGGAACAGAGAGAAGAGGAUAGAAUUCACAGAUUCUAUUAUAAUUGAGGUUAUUGUAGUAGUGCAGGAAAAGAAUGAGGAGGGAAGGGUUAAGAGAAUUGCCCCAAAUUACCAAACUGGUUGGCCACAGAGUCAAUAAGAGAAUCCUGGUCUCUGGCCCCCUCUAGUCCAGAAUUCAGUUAAUCCUGGACCAGCAUCUAGUGCUAAGACCUCCAGAUCCCAGAAUGUGAUUUUAUCUCUUCCCUUAAGGUGCAAAUAGAUUAUAACUGGUUCAUCCCCCCAAACUCUCAAGAGAUCAAGUGUAAAUGAGCUCACAAGCUCAUUAAUUUUCAAGCUAAGUCAUUUCAUCAGUUUUUCAUAACGUGUUUCACAAAAGAACAUGGAUAAGACACACUUUGGGUGAGGGGAGGAGACGUGUUUUCUUCUCCAUCAUUGCAUGGAGUGCCUGCCAUGUAUACCCUAUCUCUCCAAGAACUGUGCUGUCAACAGUCAUGGUUCUGCAAGCCGAUGAGCAAGAACUUUCCUGAGGGCCCCAGUCUAGCACCACUGAACUGUUAUGCUCCUCCUUCUGCAUUACGUUGUGUUUACUUUCUUUGACUUUUAUAUUUACCAAACUAUGUUAUCCUUUCUCUGCUCUAAUAAAACAUGUGCCUAAUGCA